AGGAAAAUGUUGCAGGAAGGUCCAUAGUUGAAGAUUGGGGUAAGAACGUGGCGACAAUGGAACACAAUGAAAAAGGAAUAGAAGCAAAGCACGACGACGAGGAUGAAGAGGAGCGACAAGAAGUACAAGGAAUAUGGAGUUGGGGAGCAGGAACGGAGGGGCAGCUGGGCACGGGCAGGCUAGAGGAUGAGCACCUCCCUCAGCUGCUUCACCUUCCUUCUCUGGCCUCCUCCGCUGCACCCAUUUCUUUGCUCACCUGUGGCGGCGCUCACGUUGUCGCCUUGACCUCCGGUGGUAGGGUACUGACAUGGGGAAGGGGUACAUCUGGCCAACUAGGCCAUUGUGACAUGGUUAAUAGCUUUUAUCCGAAGCUUGUCGCUUCCUUGCAGGCUUAUUUCAUUGCCCAUGUUUCUGCUGGAUGGAACCACUCUGGAUUUGUUUCAGAUAGUGGGUGUCUUUUUACCUGCGGGGAUGGGUCGUUUGGUCAGCUUGGGCAUGGGGACUACAGGUCACAUUGCUCUCCUGUAAGAGUCUCAUACUUUGUUAAUAAGCAUGUUGAACAGAUAGCUUGUGGUAUGCGCCAUUCGCUUGUGUUGUUGAAAGGUUCUUCAGGAUUUCAAAUUUAUGCAUUUGGGUCUGGGAAGCGUGGUCAACUAGGUAUCUCCAACGUUAAGACCAAAUCAGUUAGUCUUCCUGAAGUAACUCAUGGAUUGGAGGAUGUCAGAAUCGUUAGCAUAACUGCAAAUGGAGAUCAUAGUGCAGCAUUAUCUGUUGAUGGACAUCUUUACACUUGGGGAAGAGGGUUCAGUGGCAGUGCAGAUGCUCACUUUCCUCAGCGUUUACUUUCAUCUUUCUUGUUUACCAGAGCAGCUCUUGGAUGGAACCAUGCUCUAGCAUUGACUAGUGAUGGGGAAGUUUUUAUGCUCGGUGGCAGCCACCAUGGAGUCCUUGGUGAUCUUGAGAAAAUGAGCCCAAAGCAAUUACCUGAUCCCAGAGGCGCUAUUCUGGAGAAGGUCCAUGCUGUUGAUGGUUUAAAAAUUGAGCAUAUUGCAGCCGGAGCUGAGCACUCUGCAGUGGUAACAGAAAAUGGAGAAAUAAAGACAUGGGGUUGGGGUGAACAUGGUCAACUUGGCUUGGGGAAUACAUGUGACCAAACUUGCCCUCAAGCAGUCAGCUUAAGUAACAAUCUCAACGAAGCUGCCACAUUCGAAGUUUAUUGUGGUAGUGGGUUUACAUUUGCCAUACAGAAUCCUUGUGUAUAAUCAUAUCCAUGCUUAACUUCUUUUGCCCCUUGACAAAAGAAAAAGAAAAAGAAAAGGCUGCUUAGCCAUAUUUUUCAUAUGUUUAA